GAGGACGAGGAGCGGCCAUUCGUGGCAACAUCGAGUACCUUCGACAAUUUGCCAGUACAAAAUAAUAGAAAUUCAAGCAGCGCUGUUGCUGGAAAUACAUUGAGCGAAAACACGGAACCGGAAAUAGCACUGGUAGUGGGAGAGACAUGGAAAGCAACAACGCUGGUGACUCCAAUGACACCGAAUUACUGGGAAAUGCAGCGAACCGAUUCUGGAGAAUCGAUUAUCAAAGUGACGGUAACACCAACGACACCAUUCGAGAAUGAAGACGGAGACUCGGACACAGUGCAGUCGAGCAGCAUCAGCAGUACCGAAGGGCCAGUGUACCGCACUGUCAGCACUCAGAGGUAG